AUGGAACCGGCAUCAUCUCCCAUGGAGACUCCCUCUAUCAUCCGGCGCGAUAAACCAGCUGGCUAUGUUACUCCUCCCUUUCCCUCACUACACUGGCCUCCUCAACAUGACACGUACAGCCUCUACGACCUCGGGGACAUGUGGCGCUUCACGCUUCUCUGGACCCUCAUUAUCUAUGGCCUUGUCCACCUCGGCGCUGCCGGCAUCGCCCUCAUGAUGCAAGUGGGCAAGAAGAAGUCCAACUGGAAGUUCCUUUGGCUUGUCCCUUUGCUCUAUGCUGCUGUUGCUGGCGCCGAGGCUCUGCUGGCCGGAAGUCUUGUUGGGCUGGUGGUGGGAGCUACUUACAAGGCGGGCGCAUUCACCAUGUCGACGUGGAUCCCCUUCAUCUGGGGUUGGGUCAACGUGCUCAUCUUGAUCUUGUCGUCCUUCAGAAUCCAGGGCGGUCUUUAG